AUGACCUUACAUCGUCAAAUUGACUUUUCUACUCCCGGCUCAUACGUCAACGGGACUAAUCUCACCGUCCGAUCUUUUAAAAUUACAUCCUUAAAUUUUCGGGGUAUUACACUAGUGUACCGCGAUUUGCAGGAGAGAACCCAUGUUACGGGGGAGGCCAGUUCGAGUGCCGCUCGCAGGAUUAGGUUUGGUGCACGAAGUUCUCAGCUUGCUACCAUGGAGGAUCGCAGGGACGUCACACUUCCCCCUCCUGAGCCAGCCGACCGACCAUACCAGCUGCCUCCGCUCCCUCCCUGUCAGGUUGAUUUAAGCUCUAUUAGAGGACGUCGUCGACAGCCACGCAGAAUGCCUCCACAACCUCGUCCAGAGCAUGUGUACCCUAUCCCAGAGCCAUUAUUUUUUCACGCGGAGGUGGCGGGUACCUCAGACAUACCGCAUGCGGACUACUGGGAAAGACAACAUUAUGGGUCAACCUCCGGGGCGACACCCCAAGCAUCAUAUCCACAGUUUCAGGUCCCGCCUGCGUCGAUGCCGUAUGUUGACUCAUUUUUUGGAGAUACGACCAUUACGACCACUCAGGAUCCACCAGGGCCAUCUGAGUCACAGGUCCCCCCGGCGCCGAUGCCGUAUAGUGACUCAUCUUUUAGACAUACGACAUUUGCCAACACUCGAGAUCCUUUUGCGCCAUCUGAUUCACAGGUUCGCCAGCCGCCGAUUCCGUCUUUCCAUUCAUAUCUGGGAGAGAUGGGAUAUACUCCACUAGGUACGCCGGCUCAGCCAGAGUCAGAUCAGUCAUGGCCUGCACCGCCGACGCAUUCAGAUGUCCCAUGGCGUACGUCGACAGAGUCGGAUUUCAUUGAACAGUUGUUCUACUAUCCCGCCGCACCUACUGUAGGACAGGCGUCAUCGUCACAUCAGGUACCACCUUCUGGGUCGCCUCAGGCUCAAGAUCCUUCGCAGAUGUAUUUCUCGACUGCGGAGCCGUGGUGCUCUGGUGCAGAUCUGUCUGCUGAUCCGUUUUCCGGUGAUCGGUUUCAGCAUUUUACGCCUCCUGGUUUUACCCUGUAUCCGGACAUCACCUCGCAGGAUCUGCGAGACACUACUCCAGCUCCAGUUAUAGAACAGCCACACCAGUCUGCAGACGAAGACAGUGACGAUUCAGAAGACAACGACGAUUCUGAUAACAGUGACGAGGGUGACGGUGGCGACUAUAACCCUGUGACUGAUACCUCACGUCACCGACGCACUCAGCAGGGUUAUGACAUGAGAACCCGCAUGCGGAAACCGGCUCGAUAUCGUGACUAGUUUUAGUACUUGUAAACAAUUUUAAAAUAAUAUU